CUAUUCAGAUUCACAACAACUCAUGGACUUCUUCCCAAUUGAAGCGUGGGCAUCGUUUUCGUGACGUUGCCAGCUAAGUCAUCUAUGACAAAUAGAAUCAUUCACCCUAGUUCCACUAAAUCGGUCCAGGUCUGAGAUAUUGCGUGUGACCAACGCAUGAAAGUAAAAACGUAAGCGAUGGAGACAGUUCCACAGUCCACUCCCGAUUUAAUCGUGGGAUACAAUAACAUAACAAAACAACAACUCUUAUUUUGGUGAAUGUAACAAUUAGACAGGACUUCAGCAACUUCAACACCAUGCUACGCUCCGACACCAAACACGUCUCGGUGAUGAACUUCGAUGAGCUGGCCAGACAGGACGUCAUUGACUAUGGAACAGUGGAAGGCGGCACCACGUUCAAUUUCUUCAAAAACUCCAACAACCCCACCUACCGACGCAUCUUCCAGCACAUGGAGAGGAAGAAGAGUUGUGUGCCUUCUGUGGAAGAGGGCAAUCGACGUGCCCAGGAAGGCAACUACGCCUUCAUUGGCGAAGCAGCGUCUCUGGACCUGGCUGUGGCUCGCUACUGCAACCUGAUCCGCAGCAGUGAACUCAUUGCCAUGAGAGGGUACUGCAUUGCAGCACCCCUAGGCUCCCCUAUGAUGAAGAACAUAACGGUGGCCAUACUGCAGCUGAGUGAGUCUGGGGAAUUGGCGUACCUGCAGAGUAAGUGGUGGGCCAACAGCUGUAUGCCAGACGGGGGCCAAGCCCCACAGGCCCUCCAGGCCCACCUCCUGAGGGGCCUCUUCAUGCUGCUGGCCCUGGGGUGUGGCCUGGGCCUCCUCAUUGCCCUCCUGGAGCUUGCCUCCAAGGCCCGCGACCAAGCCAAGGACCAGAAGAAAUCCUGCUGCUCAGUAUUGUCGGCAGAGCUGAGUCAACGUUUCAGAUCGGGCAGGGCGAAUGCAGGCACAGAGACGUCAGAGAAGAGCAAAGCGUAAAGGAUCUGUUUUACUGAUUGGCUCCGAAAAGCACCAUAUAGUUUGAUACGCAUAUAAACCAUGUGUAAGGGACCCUGGUCCUGUCCUUGGGAGCGGCAGUAUCUUCCAUAUCCUAGUAGUGUAUCACAGCAGUAACUUCUGUUUCAUAGUGUACGACACAGUUACCGAGUUCCCCAUGUGCACGUACAGUGGCUUGUUAGAAUAGAUUCCAAUUAGAGUAUAUUCUACUAUAUAUUCCACUCUGAAAAUGUAUUAUUAAGCCACUAUAGAAAAAAGCAACAAUAACAUUUCAUGCUCUCAGAGGACAUGGGCCUCCCACUGCAGAAAUAGACUACUAACAGUUUGUUUUUUAUAUAUAUUAAGUUGAUACAGGCUUUGCAACUAACCUCCAGAUAAGUUAUUUUAGCAACUGUAUUUUCAAUAGUUUUUUUGUUGAUAUGUACUGCCAAAAUAUCUCAUGUGCUACUAAAUCUGGUGGCUUUUGAGUUGUUUCAUUAACCGUUCUAUAUGUUUCACUUUAACCAAAUUAAAUCCCUAGACAACCCAAA